GGCGCCUCUAGACUUCUGCGGUCGCGGGACGAUGACGUCAUGGUUACGGAUUCGCAGCGCCGUUGAUGUUAUGUCAUGGGGGAUGGCGGGUGAUUUUAGACGGGGGUCAAAUCCAUGACAAUGUCCACCUGUCUGACCGAGGAGCAGAAGAGGAGGAUCGAGGAGAACCGGCAGAAGGCUUUGGCGCGGAGAGCAGAGAGACUCGCCAUCCAGAAAAACGGAAUUAAUCAGAACGCAUCCGCCAUCUAUAAUACCAAGCCUCAGCCAACCGGGGGCAACCACCUGCAGAAUGUGCAGCCGACCGCCAAAGAAGCCGGGAAGGUCGAUAGUUUUAAAUACGGUACAACUGGAAACGCUUCUAAUAAUGUCAAGAAUCCGCCAACUAUGCAAACCGCUGCUGCCGCCCAGGAGUACACGGCGGGUUAUAAACCGCAGACCACCGCUCCAGCAAGGGUGGAUUAUACCGCAGCCGGCCCCGCCCAGGAGUACACGGCGGGUUAUAAACUGCAGACCACCGCUCCAGCAAGGGUGGAUUAUACCGCAGCCGGCCCCGCCCAGGAGUACACGGCGGGUAAUAAACCGCAGACCACCGCUCCAGCAAGGGUGGUCUCUAGUAUAACUGCUGGCUGGACAUUUCAGCCUGAGGGGACCAAAAACUUUCCCCAAGGCUCCUCCAAACCUCACGGUGCUUCCCCCCAGAUGUACGAUAUCCAUUCAGGAUCCGGGAAAGCUGGGGCGGAGACGGUGAAGAGCCCAAGUACCGCUUCUAAGUUUUAUGGAUUGGGGACAACAACCUCCGGUGGGAAGGCCGCGGGGCCAGUGCCACGGACAAACGGGAGGGAGAUGAUGGGCAGCGCUAGUAGCUCAGAGGCCGCUCCUGUCAAAAAAGCUGCAGCCGCCAUUAAAGGGAGAUGCGUCAAACAUGGCGACGAGAGGUUCCGGGUCGAGGUCGGAUAUAACGCAGAACUCAUCUGCCUCUUCAAAGGGAUCCCCAGCAAAAAUUACGAUCCUGCAACUAAAAUGUGGAAUUUCGGGAUAGAAGAUUACCCGAGUCUGAUGAGCGAGGUCCAGAGGCUGCAGAACGUCGCCCUAAAACCCCUGGAAGGAAUGGAGGACAUCGAUAUCCCGGCACUUAUCUCCACAGCCAGUGGGGGCGCCACCGUCGGUGCUCUUUUGGCCAUGUGCAACAGCUGGCAGAGACCGAGCGCCACCUUAAAGGGCAAGUGCCUGCUGGUGUCUCGCUCCCGCUUUGAGGUGGACAUCGGGUAUCACCUAGAGGUCAUCGGCCUGUUCAAGCAGAUGAGCUCCCGCAACUACGACACGAAAACCAGAAAAUGGAGCUUUCUACUGGAGGACUACCAGCAACUGAUGGAGGCCUCACUAAGGAUCCAGCAGGUGGAGGUGGAGCCGCUCCCCAGACCCGUGGUACAAGCAUUUGCCUCUCAGUUUGAGAAGACCUCUGUAAGUCGCCCGGAGGUCCCAGACGUAGACCUGUCUGCAGUGGAUUCCAAGCUAGUCAGCAGCCUGAUGCUCUUCCAGAGGGAGGGGGUGAGCUUUGCCAUCUCUCGGGAGGGCCGCCUGCUCCUUGCUGACGACAUGGGCCUGGGGAAGACCAUCCAGGCCAUCUGCAUCGCUGCUUAUUACAGAAAGGAGUGGCCGCUGCUGGUGGUGGCGCCUUCGUCGGUCCGGUUUACCUGGGCUGAGGCUUUCAACAGAUGGCUGCCGUCCGUCAGGUCAGAUAGCAUCAAUGUCAUAGUCACAGGUCGUGACAGCCAUUCCGCCGGCCUCGUCAACAUCAUCAGCUUCGACCUCCUCGGGAAGAUGGACAAGAGCAUCACCUCCAGCUUCAAAGUCAUUAUUAUAGAUGAAUCUCAUUUUCUGAAGAACGUGAAGACGGCCAGAUGUAAGUCCGCCAUGCCCUUGUUAAAGAAUGCGAAGAGAGUCAUCCUGCUGUCGGGCACUCCGGCCAUGUCCAGGCCCGCCGAGCUGUACACCCAGAUCGCCGCUGUUAGACCCAACUCUUUCCCCCGUUUCCACGACUUUGGAGUCCGUUACUGUGACGCUAAACAGAUGCCGUGGGGCUGGGAUUACUCCGGGUCCUCGAAUAUGAAUGAGCUGAAGCUCCUGCUGGAAGAAUCCCUAAUGAUUAGACGACUCAAGUCUGAGGUCCUCUCCCAGCUGCCCGCCAAACAGCGCAAAAUGGUGGUCAUCGCGCCCGAGGGCAUCAAUGCGAAGACGAAAGCCGCGUUAGCUGCAGCGGCUAAAGAGAUGGCGCAAGGCUUCAAAAGCAAAGUCCAAGAGAAAGAAGCUCUUCUCCUGUUCUACAACAGAACUGCCGAAGCCAAGAUCCGAUCUGUAAUAGAAUACAUCCUGGAUCUGCUGGAGAGCGGCCGAGAGAAGUUCCUGGUGUUUGCUCAUCACAAGUUGGUCCUGGACAAUGUCUGUGAAGAGCUGGGGAAAAAGAACGUUGGAUUUAUCCGUAUCGAUGGAACCACCCCCUCAGCCGAUCGCCAAGCUCUCUGCCAAAAAUUCCAGUUUUCAGAGAAGAGCUGUGUCGCUGUAUUGUCCAUCACGGCUGCCAACAUGGGGCUGACCCUGUCCUCAGCAGACUUGGUGGUGUUUGCAGAGCUGUUCUGGAACCCGGGGGUUUUGAUUCAAGCAGAAGAUCGGGUCCACAGAAUAGGACAGACCAGCUCCGUGAAUAUUCACUACCUGGUGGCAAAAGGAACAGCGGACGACUACUUGUGGCCGAUGAUUCAGGAAAAGAUCAAGAUCUUGGGCCAGGCGGGUCUGUCGGAGGCGAACUUCUCAGAAACAACAGAAGCCGCUGACUUUUUCUAUAAGGACCCCAAACAGAAGACCAUAUAUGACCUAUUCCAGAGGUCGUUUUCAGGGGACGGGGCGGCGGAUGACGCAGAUGAAGCUCUGCUGCUCGAGGCCUGUGAAGAGUUUGACCAAGAAAUUCAAGAAGGAAAUCUGUGUAAGAAAAGGAAAAUAGAGGACUACUUCUGAACCUGGAAGCUUCACUGUACAGCGACAUGAAAUGUUAUUUUUGUAGUCUUAUUUUGUUAAUAUUUCAUAAUUAAAGAUAAAUAAUUACCCUUUUAUCCUCUCAUUUACAUAUUACUGAGUUCUGGUACUAAAAACACCACACGUCCAGUAUACUGCAAAUAACUGCAGGGUAUAUCCGCCUCUGAACAACGUUUUCCAGAUUAUAUAAAAAGUG